GCGCACAACUGUGUUUCCAAAAAUUAAGCAAGAGUCAACGGCCAGCCUCCUCCUGAAUUGUUGGCAGCAGGUCAGCCAUCCGCUGAUUAUUCGCCUCUAAAAGAGAAAAGGAAACAUUCCCCCAAUUAACUACCAUCGACGCGCUUUCCACCCUAAAAAUAGAGAUCUCAAAAGCGGGCUGGCCGGUUCUGUUUAGCGUAAGGUUUCCUCGUCGUCUGAUCUAAGAGGAGAGGCUAAUCCAAUUAGCCUCCUCCUCCUUCUUCGUCUUUUCGUUUCGGCUAAUAGCUAGAUCUUCCUUGGAAGAACAAGUCGUUUUCCCUUUCCAUCUCGUCUGGUUGAUUUCUUCCGCUUGCGUCGUUUUCUUGCCCCACUCGCGUGUUUGAUUCCUUUGUUGUUUCCGGUUCUUUGUUUCCAUCUGUUUUUUUCUCUUGGUCGGCUGAGCAUCAUAUUACAUCACAUUCCAAGGCGAUCGGGCGUCAUGCGGGCUUGAAUUCCUCGUAUAUAUCCCAUGGAUGGAUAUAGGACGAUCCGGCAUAUCUCCUCCCGAUAUUUCCGCUGCAGAUGCAUCGCGGCCGCGCGUUUCUCCUCUGAGAUUUGGUUUUAGCGAGAAAACAGAGUUCUUUGCCUGAAAGUGGGGGAAUCGGAGUUGAGGAAGAGUACUUCUUCACACACGAUCGGCUGAUCGGUCGAUCGGAUGAAUUCCCUGACGACGACGACCGGUAGCAGCAGCGGCGCCGGGGCCAGCGGCAGCCGCAGCUUCGGCAGCGGCGACAUGAAGGCCGCCGACGGCGAGGGCUACGUCAGGGCGGACACGCUCGACCUCACCAAGCUGGACGAGCAGCUGGAGAAGUCGCGCUCCAGGGUGUGGCUGGAUCACCAGCGCGGCGCCUCGCCGGGGGAGCUCCUCGAGUGGGAGAUCGACCUCGCCAAGCUCGACAUCGACAAGCAGGUCGCCAGCGGCACCUUCGGGGUCGUCUACCGCGGCACCUACGACGGCGAAGACGUUGCAGUGAAGGUGUUGGACUGGGGUCAGGAAGGUCAGGAGACAAAGCACCGGGAAGCCUUCGAGAAGGAGGUGGCCGUCUGGCAGAAGCUUGAUCACCCAAAUGUCACCAAGUUCGUGGGCGCGUCCAUGGGGACGUCCCAGCUGAAGGUCCCGGCGAAGAAGGGCGGCGGCGGAGCGCCAGGCCAGCGGUGUUGUGUUGUGGUGGUGGAGUACCAGCACGGCGGCACCUUGAAGACCCUCCUGUUCCAGCACCGCGACAAAAAGCUUCCCUACAAGAAGGUGGUCCAGCUCGCCCUGGACAUGGCGAGGGGGCUGAGCUAUCUGCACUCGAAGAAGAUUGUGCACCGCGACGUGAAGGCGGAGAACAUGCUUCUGGACCGGAAGAAGACUGUGAAGAUCGCUGACUUCGGUGUCGCCCGUGUGGAGGCUCAGGACGAAUGCAACAUGACAGGGCAGACGGGCACGCUGGGGUACAUGGCCCCGGAGGUGCUAGAGGGCCUCCCCUACGACCACAAGUGUGACGUCUACAGCUUCGGCGUGGUCCUGUGGGAGAUCUACUGCUGCACCCUGGCGUACGCCAACUACAGCAUCGCUGACAUCUCAUACCACGUGGUGAAGCUGGGGAUCAGGCCGGACAUCCCGCGGUGCUGCCCCAAGGAGCUGUCGGAGAUCAUGGCACGCUGCUGGCACGCCGACCCCGACCGCAGGCCGGAGAUGAGCGAGGUGGUGGCGCUGCUGGAGAAGAUCGAUACCACCAAGGGGAAGAGCAUGACGCCCGCCGUCCCCGACCACAUCGGCCAGGGAUGCUCCUGCUUCGGCUUCAAGUAACUCUGUCGUCCUUGUGUCCGCGGCAUGCCGAUCUCAUCGAUGAUUUUUUGUUUCUCUUUUGGGUGUGGGUGAGGUCAGAUUGUAAUUUGCUUGCUUGGAAACUCCGGUUAUCUGCGCUAGUUUAGAUGAUUUUUUGGUUA